GCGGGCGAGCGGCUGCAGCUGCCGCCGGCGUCUCGGGGGCUACAGGCUGCAGGCGGACACAGCGCCGCGCGAUUCCGAAGCCCAGCCGCGCCAGGCCGUCCGGUCCCGGCCCUCGGCGGGGGUCGCCGCUCCUCGUCUCCCUGACGCCUGGCCCAGCGCCACGGUGCAGGAUUGCCGGCGCCCAGCAAGUUGGGAGCGCACUCCGCGCCCGGGGAAACUUUCCCCCUGGCUGGAUCUCCGUCAGAGCUGCCUGGAGCCAUCAUCUGGAGACUUCAAGGGAAUCUCAGAUCCUUCCCAGAAAGGAAGAGGACAGCUGGAAGAGGACAAGCUGAGCUGCUGGGAGACACACCUGAGCCCCUCUGACUACAAGACUUCAUCCUGCUUACGCCUGGAGAGCUGCCCAGGUGGAUCACCAUGGAGGGCGACUGUCUGAGCUGCAUGAAGUAUCUGAUGUUUGUUUUCAAUUUCUUCGUAUUUCUGGGAGGAGCCUGCCUGCUGGGCGUUGGCAUCUGGGUUCUUGUGGAUCCCACUGGCUUCCGGGAGAUCGUGGCUACCAACCCCCUGCUGACCACCGGCGCCUACAUCGUCCUGGCCAUGGGUGGUCUGCUGUUUCUUCUAGGCUUCCUGGGCUGCUGUGGCGCUGUCCGAGAGAACAGGUGUCUGCUGCUAUUUUUUUUCCUGUUUAUCCUGAUCAUUUUCCUGGUAGAGCUCUCAGCAGCCAUCCUGGCCUUCAUCUUCAGGGAACAUCUCACACGUGAGUUCUUCACUAAGGAGCUUACCAAGCACUACCAGGGCAACAACGACACGGAUGUGUUCUCUGCCACCUGGAAUUCAGUCAUGAUCACAUUUGGCUGUUGUGGGGUUAAUGGACCUGAAGACUUCAAGCUGGCCUCGGUGUUUCGGCUGCUGACGCUGGACAGUGAGGAGGUGCCCAAGGCCUGCUGUCGGAGGGAACCCCAGACUCGGGAUGGGGUGCUGCUGAGCAGGGAGGAGUGCCAGCUGGGGAGAAAUCCGUUCAUAAACAAGCAGGGCUGUUACACAGUGAUCCUCAACACCUUCGAAACCUAUGUCUACCUGGCUGGAGCCUUUGCCAUUGGGGUACUAGCUAUUGAGCUCUUCCUCAUGAUCUUUGCCAUGUGCCUCUUCCGGGGCAUCCAGUAGGCCAUGCCCUGAAGACGCCCAGAGCCCACCACUGCCCAGCAGCCAGCCCCCUCCCUUCCAUGUCCUCUGGCCCCAGGGGAGGAGGCAAGGCCAGCCCAGAUGGCCAGGAGCCUAGAAUCAAUUUUAAAACAAAAACAAGACAGCCAUGAACUGAAAAGGCCUCACUUCGGCUCUAAGGCAAGGGCCACGGGCUCAACAAGGACCUAGGGCUGGCCUGGGACUGAAGGAUUAUCAGCCUCAGAACCCCUUGGCUCCAUCAGACUGGAGUGUCCCAGACCGGGGUCCCCACUCUUAGCAUUUCCAGAAUCUGAGCAAGCAGGAGGCAGGAACACACCCUGGAGGAAGAGCCAAAGCCCAGGCUCCAAGGAGACGCACUUUCACCACCCAGGGUCAGACUCUGCAGUACCACCUGCCGGAGGGUGGCUGUGUGUGGACACUGGAUCUGAAGGUGGCUGCCUUUCAUUUUCUCAUCUCUUGGAUCAAAGCCUCUUCACUGCCCCAGGAAAGGGCAGUCGGCCUGUUCACAGCCACAUGGCAUGUUCAUGACAAGGUUCAUCUCCAGGCUGCUGGAGCCAGGACUGCAUCCAAUGUAAACUGGCCAGGAACUGCUCGCACCAAGUUCUACAGCUGAGAAAAGUCCGUACUGUGUUCACUCUGUCCUGUUUAUACCUCUGGCAUAGAUCCUACUGUCAUUCAUCAGCUGUCCUUGUGGGUCACACCCUCUCCUGAUUUUCCCUGGAAGACGACCCCCCCCCCAUCAUUCAUUUCUUUCUACCCAGAGCUGAGGCUUGAAAGUGUUCUUCAAGGUCCCUGCCGAGAAUUGACCCCUUGCAUACCUCCAUAUAUGGAGCUCACUACCUCCCAAUGCAGCCUCCUGCCUUCAGAUGCUCUAAUGUCACUCUCACCUCAACAGACAAAAGGGGUUUCCAUUUUCCUGUGCUUCUGUCCACAUGUCCCCUUCACGCUCUCUCCUUCCUAGAGGUUAAGGUAAUGCCUUUUGUCUGCAGAUUUAAGAACCCCACAGGAGCUCAGCCAAUUUUACCAUGAUACACAUUCUGUCCUUUUGCUGUCCAUAUGACAUUUUGUUAUUCUCUCUAGCCUCUGCUGUUUUCCCAGACUCAGAUUCACAGGCUCACAACCAACCAACCAACACACAUACACACACACACACACACACACACACACACACACACACACAGAGAGAGAGAGAGAGAGAGAGAGAGAGAGAGACUCAGACUAGGUUAGCAACUAUUUAUAAGGACCAUGAUGAAUCCAUUAGUGUUGUCUGUCAGGAUCUCAAGUUUGAUUAAUUAUGUCUGCCAUGGGCACAGCAGGGUAGCAGUGGUAGAAGGAAGAGCUUGGUGUCUGCUCUCCUCUCUGAUGGAAGAGCCUGAUCUAACUUCAGCUUCCUUCUAUCUGCCUGCCUCCUGGGAGUCAUAGCCAUAGCCUGGAGCCAAGGAUUCCCUGCUUCUCUGUGCUGUUAUCUGGGUUCAAGGGGAUCCUCCUCCCAUUUCUUUCCUCUCUUCAUGUUGUCCUUACCCAUCCUGGCCUUCAUAAGGGUCUCUGAGCAUCACUCUCCCAAGUUGUUUUUAUGACAGCUUUUUUGGCAUCCCCAUAAAUGAAGUCAUGAGCUCCCCAGAGGCUGAGUCUCUAGGCUGGGGGCCCCCACUGCUGGCUGCCAGCCCAGACUAAGAGGACCCAGGCUCUGACUCAGAACCCACAACAUACUGAACUCCAACAGCAUAGGAAGGUGAAUGAUUCAGCUGAGGUUUACUGGAAGCUCAUGGCCAGGCUGAGGACAGAGCCCCACGACAGGGGCUGCUGCCUAGAGCUAUCCCAGACUUCCAGAGACAGGCAGGGCUGAGAAGGUGGUAUGUAGCCCAGGCAAUUCCAGGGUAGAUGAGAGACCAGGAAAACUUUCCAUAUACAUGUUGAAGAGCUCCAAGGUAGCGCAGAUUCAACCCAGCUGUGGAUGCAACUCCUCAGACAGUGCCCUCAUGGGACCAGAGGCAGACAGUCUUCACCAUCUCAGGUUGCUAGUAGCCAUCAACUGAGCUGAUUGAGGUCACCAUACUGGGGCGUGGUGGGCUGCUCUGUGUACUCCCAGGGGAGGAGACGGGACCCUCCUCUUCUUACCAUAGGACCAACAGCCUCAUCUGAGAUGCCCUGUGACCCUCACCCAAUAGUGAGCAGAAUAGCCCCUACCUGUCCAGAGCCACCUGCCUAAGGGACAGCAGCAUUCUACAGGCAGGGAGUUAAGACUGGGUCUGUGGCCCAUGCCCCAGCACCCUGUCCUAAGCCCCUGCCUACCCAGGUUCUGAGCCUAGCACCACCACCCCAGGAUAUCUCUCUCUCUCUCAUACACACACACACACACACACACACACACACACACACACACACACACCCAUAUGUUAAAGUCUAUUUUGGAAUCUGUAAAUGUCCCUUGCAGUAGGAAACAGAGCUAAUUUAUCAUUGUAUCACCCAUGUCCGCCAUUUUUAUAUUCUAUAUCAAGAGAAAUUUUGUAAUAUAAAACAGGA